AUGCGCUUCUGUUUGCAUGUCAAAACUUGUGUUGUGUUGGGUCUCUUUGGAGGCGGGAGUGAUGGUCUUGUUGGUCUUGUAGGCCUUUGUGGACGUUCGAUUGGGGGAGAAACAUUUUUGGGUGGAGGUAGUGGACGAGGAGUUGGAGAUCUGUCAUACGUCGCUCCAUCAGCAAUCAAUAUGAUUGCUGGCAAGACCUGA